AGCACCAGUUAGGGUGCUCUGUGCUCAGCCACCUGUUGGCUGGUCUGGCUUGGUUCAGACAAGAGGGCUGUUAUUUCUGUGUGAAGCAAUACGCGCUGGAGUGCUCACGCAUCCCCAUGGGCCAGUCUGUGAACUCUCAGCUCUCUAUGCUCUUCACGGAGGAGUGUGACAAGGUGCGGGACCUCAUGCACGUGCAUUCCUUCAGCUACGACUUCCACUUGCGCAUAGUCCACCAGUAUCUGCUGGGCUCCCACAUGACUCUCCGCCAAGGCUACCAUCUCACCAGCUUCCUGGAGGAUUUCAUUGCCCAUCACUCUGACAUCCCCAAAUUUGGCCGUAAUCAUGUUUUCCAAGGCACGCUGGCCCUGCCCACCAACAUGAUCACUGCACACCAGCUGUACAACUACAUCGCUGACCACGCCAACACCUACCACAUGAAACCCCUGCGCAUGGCCCGACCGGCCAUGGGCAAUGACAGCAAGAAGGGAACACCAGGCACAGAGCAGAAUGAAUAUGCACUGGUCUCUAUUUGGAACAGCUCGGGCUCCUACAAGGAUUCUGAAGGUCUGCGUCAUCACGAUGACUUCGAUGUGUCCCUCCUGGUUUGUCACAGUGCUGCACCAUUUGAGGAGCAGAGCGAGGCAGAGAGACGCAUGCUCCGGUUGCGUUUCUACGUCAUCAUGACAAGCCAGCGGGAGCUCUUUCCGCGGCUCACGGCCGACAUGCGCCGCUUCAAGAAGCUGCCGCGCUUGCAGCGGGAAGUGCUGGAGCCUGUGGUAGGCCGGGCGGCCUGGGAGGCAGCGGAGCCGGAGCCGAGCCUGGGCCGGCAGCCGGCAGCAGAGCGGGAGCUGUGGCAGGACGUGGAGGACAGCAGCGAGUUCUAUGCAGGGGGCACGCAGGUCAAACUGGGGCCAGGGCUCUUCUACACCUCUCCGCUCUUCCCCUUGCUGGCCUCUGAGGUGGCCUCAGCCCAGAAGCAGCUCAGCAGCAUGGUGCAGCUGGCCAAGUGCCACUGCCGCAGGGACAACCUCUGGAAGCGCCUUUUCCUUCUGGAGCCUCUGGCUUCUGACAAGCUGAAGCUGGGCAAGCUCUCAUUGGUGGAGCUGGAGGAGCUGCUCGAUGCUGUGCAUGGGAAAUCCAUUGCAGAUGUCGACCCUCAGCUGGAAUGCUUCCUCACCAUGACAGUCUCCUGGUACCAGAGCCUCAUCAAGGUGCUGUUGAGCCGCUUUCCCCAGAGCUGUCGGCACUUCCACAAUGCUGAAACCGGCACCCAGUAUCUGGUUGUGCUCAACCAGAAGUUCACAGAUUGCUUUGUUCUUGUGUUUCUUGAUUCUCAUUCAGGAAAAACGAGCCUCACUGUGGUUUUCCGGGAGCCGUUCCCAGUGCAGCCCCAGAACAGCGAGAGUCCUCUGCCACAGCUGGUGUCUACAUACCAUCACCUGGAGUCAGUGAUCAACACUGCCUGCUUCAACCUGUGGACAGGCCUGCUCUAGCACCGGCACCCAAGUCCUGGAGCAACGCCUAUUCCGACCUCGGCACAGCCGUGCCAUUGGUGACCAUGGGGAAGAGCGGGUCUCUGGGGGGACCUGUGCGUGGGCACUGCAGGCAGUGCUGCCAGUAGCACACAUGGCUACUGGCCUGAGGAGCCUGGGGAUGUGCAGCUCAUCGCUGCCUGAGUGGUGUGGCCCUUGUGUGCUGUUUUCAGUGGGUUUGAUACUGAAUGGCCUUGAACCAAACAGCAAGGGCAGGAACUUGGCUGCAGCAGAACAACUCUCAGGGACGUGGCUUCGGCAUCCAUAGGUGAGUUCUGCUGGAAGGCACUGAGGAGUGUGCACGGCACCAUCUUGUGCCCAGGGCAGCACUGCACAGUGCUCUGGCUUUAGGAGGAAAGGCUGCUGAGUGCAGGACUGCCUGACUGGCAGUGAGGACAACUGCUUCUGGCCUUUUGCUUUCCUUGGGAGAGCAUGAAUGGGACAGGAAGGGUAAACUGGAUCACAGGAAGGUUUUAUGGAGGUGUACAUUUGAGCCAUUGGUCUAUCUGUGAAAUAAACUGAACCAGAUCCCUGCUCA